AUGCGAAUCACCGCCUGUGGGCUUGUCGUCGCUGUGGCCAGGCUCGUCGUAGCCGGAUCUACGUCGACCUCCGAUCUCAGAGUGGCCCUGUCGUCAUCCGACUCCUCUCCCCCUUCGCUCGUCGCACGAUACAUGUAAGACGAUGUUCUGGUAUUCUGAUACCCAAGUAGAGCUGAUGUGCUUUUCAUUCUUCGACUUGCAUCUCCCAGUGAAUGCCUCGGCAUCGAGGAUCCCUCCGCGUACUACCCCUUCAUCUCGUGGCUAACGGCGAACCGACCCGAGACCGCUUCUCUUCAAGAUGCGAAGUCCAACCCAGAGGUUGAACCACCCAAGCUUCCACCCCGAUCGAGCGAGCCGAAUUUUCUGUUCACACGCCAGUUGAGCCCUCUGGAGAGCUGGCGAACGCUCGAGUCGAAUCGAUUCAGGGGUCGGUUCCUGAACGAACGUGGAGAAAAGGAGUUGUUUUACAUGGCGAUCGCGAACGGCCAAGCUGAUGGAUUGUUGGAAGAGAUGUACAAGGCGUGGGAAAAGAGGGAAAAACUCGUUCCUGUCGCAGAAGGGGGAGAGCGGUGCGAGAGUUGGAUCGAUGUUCAAGGGCACCGAGCUUGCUCGGUGAAACAGUUUUGGGAAUUGGUGGGCGCCGAGCAGAGCAAGGGUGACAAGCCAUUAAAGAUUCGAGUUGCUGGGUCAGUCUUCAGCAUGAGAAUAUCCGGACCAAGAAACUACUGACACAACAUGUUGACGUCUUUCCCCAUCGAAGCGACAAACUUGCUGCCGAACCGUUCGAUCGACUUGAACCCCCGAUGCCCGACGAUUCGCUCCCCUUCUUUGUCCUGUACGGCUCAACCGACGACGAGACAUUUGCGAAGCUGUUUGAUGAGCUCAAUCGACUUGCGGGUGGGGAUAUUGAUGAAGCAGAGGAUGCGGUCCGGCUCCAGUUCACGAUUCGGUGGAAGCCCGACUCGCGCACCUCGAAAGCUGGGGAUGCAGCGCUGAGCGCCUUUGGGGUCAAGCUGUCGCUGAAAGACGUGACUGCCCUCGAUGCAGAACAUAGAACAGGUAAGAGCUUCCUCGCAUAGACAUGGGGAACGGGAAUGGCCCACUGACUUCCAAAUCUUGCUGCGCAGACCUGCGUCGCCGAGCCAUCAACACUGUCGUGGUCCCCGACAGUCUCGAGCCGCUGGCAUCUUUCGUGGCCCAGUCACCCCUCGUUGGACCUUCUCUGUCAGGGACGAGUGAUGCGGCAGCAGGCGGCUCGUUUAGUGACGAUGUCUACGAGGAGUCGAUCACCAUCAACGGGCUCUCCCUCGAUAUCGACCACGCCGACCCUGUCGAUCUCAUCCACUUUCUCCGCCGAGAACGAGGAUUCAUCGCUGACAUCGCCAGCUUGCACCCCAGCCUGACCUUUGCCCACGCUCGCGAGAUCCUCAUCGGCUCCAGCGUCUCUCCGGCUGAGGAGGUAGCGGGACGAUCGGCGAAGAACGUAAUCAAACCGAGCAAGCACCAUCCGCUCAAAGUCGUCAAUCUCGUACAGGCGAUGCACGACCUCCCAUCCGUCUUCAUCGAGGCGGCAUUCCUGGAAUCAGGUAAGUUCUGCCCUCUCAUACUAUGGACUGUCUAAUGCAUCUCGCAUCCUGAACGAGACUGAAAGGGCAACUCGACCGUGCAACAGUUGAAAGUGAUGGGGAUGAGGUUCCGGAGGGUCAAGAGGCUCCACCAGACAAGGCGGCGACCACGACCAUCUAUGUCAUUACGGAUCUCGACUCGCCACAAGGGCUCGAUAUUGCUCAAGAAGCGUUGAUCUAUAUCGUGGGUUCCACUUGGUCUUGGGGCUCUCGCAGUGGACGUUCAGAACUACGCAGCUGACCAUGGAUGUUUGAGAUUCGCUCACCAGGACUCAACCCCCGAAGUCCGAAUCAACUUUGUUCACAACCCGGUCGCAGUCGAUGUGGCAGAGCAUGCGUUCACCUUCUCGAACCUGCUGUAUCUCAUCACCGAGUCGGGCAACAUGCGAGAAGUGUUCCCCGCCGAGCUGUUGACCUGGCUUGCGUACGAAGUGACCAAGGACGGGAUGGAGACUCCCAUUCCCAAUAUCUGGGACGAGGAAAACCCUAUGACCCCUUUCGUUACUUUGGGAGCUGACGAAGCCGAUGCCGAAGCGGCAAAGGAGUAUUGGCAAGCCGUGCAAGAGUUUGCCGCGCGCGUAGGGGUCGAACCGGGUGCCUCGGCGAUCGUCAUCAACGGUAGGGUCGUCGCGCUCCCCGGCAACAAGUUCAACGCGAACCAGUUCCAGCAGAUCGUCGCGUACGAAUACGAAGUCAGGAUCGGAGCAGUCGUGGCUAUGGUCGACGAGACGAUCCCCGCUACGAUCAAGGAGGACCGCGUCGCCGUUGCGAACCUCUACAACGCCGCGUCGUCGAUAGUUGCGUCGUCGUUGAUGCCGCCGGGAACACCUAUUCGAGUCCGAGCUUCUCUCCCUUUUUCCUCCGAUUACCUGUGAGUAGUACCAGCUGUGUGCCUGGGACUGACCGAUCAACUGAUAUCUGUUCCAUCUACCGUCCUCAGGCGCACCGUCGUGCAACGUCUGCCACAAGACGCUCUGUGGGAUAUUGACGCUGUCCUUGAUCCCCUGAGCGCACGCUCCCAGCGCUGGGUUCCGCUUCUACAAAGCCUCAGUCAGCUGGAGCACACCAAUCUGCGACUAUAUCCGAUCACGGCGAAUUCGCCUAUGGCGUCGACUUUGUACGGCGUCGCAUUCCCUCUGGUGCCGGUUUUCGAUGAGAAGACUCAGGAACCACUACGACCGAGCGCGAUCUUCUCCGACCUUGCUCUUGACAAGAUCGUGUCAUCGGUUGAGAUUGAGAAGCGCGGAAUGGUCCACAUCGAAGGAGGCGAAAGGUUGUCAGGAAAGACAAUCAAGGAGAUCCCAGAGGGGCGCAUCGAGUUGAGGGCACGGAAAAGGGCUGCCGGCGGGCGGGCUGCCGAGCAGGCUUCCGAGUCUUCACGGACGCCCAGGGAUGAGCUAUGA